AUGGACGCUUUUAGAGAUCUUAAACGACCAAGUAUUUGGAUGGCUAAGUGUACUGGAAUUGAAUCGUGUACUAUUGCUAUGGAUUUAGAGGAUACUGAUGGAAUGGAGAGGGUGAGGCCUGUUGAGAGAAUAGCAGAGAUCAAUGAUGGAAAAGAGCUUUGGAAGAUUAUUGUUAGGAUUCACCACAGAUGGAAUGUUGUGUCUAACAACAAGGAACAUUUUGAAAUGAUCUUUGUUGACAAAUUGGGAGAUGAUAUUCAUGUUGUUGUUCCAGCACCACAUGUGUCGGUGUUCACCGAAAAAUGCCUAUUAGGGCAUACUUAUACUGUAUCUAAUUUUAAGGUGGUGCCUUAUGUUCUGGCGUUCAAGGCAUCAGAACACAAAUAUAUGACUGAGUCUGGCGCAAAGAAGCAGCAAAUUAGCAUGGUGUUGCGUGACCACAGCAACAACAUGUUGAACUGUACUCUGUGGGAAUCAUACGCGGAUCAGUUCAUCAGGUUUAACAAAGUUAGGGUUGCUGUAUCACUCCCUACAGUUGUGUUGCUUCAGUAUGCCAAAGUGAAAGAAGAAGGAAAGUAUCCUCUAUCAGUGACAAACACCUACAAUGUGACCCUUUUAUGUGUUGAUGUUGAUUUUCCUGUCAUGAAAGACUUUAUUGAUAGAAUGCCUGAGGAGAGCAGGGUAACCCUGUCUGAUCAACUCGGAGGGAAUUCCCAAUUAUUCUCCCAGAAUUCUGAAAAUCAACAGCUGACUCCUGUGCAAAAAUUGUUCUCAAAGGCUGUUAUUACAUUGUGUGCUACUGUCGCUACAACAAAAUUAUUAGUCGUGUCUCCAUUUGGAUGGUACUAUCGUGCCUGUCAUAUGUGUCAAUCUAUAGAGCGUGGGGAUAACCCCCCAUUUGAGUGUGAAGCUGGUCAUGAAACCAUGGCUGAAGUCCUUAGGUAUAAGAUUGAGAUUGAGGUUACUCAUGGGGGCGAAAGCUGCAAUUUUGUGUUCUGGAACAGAGAAUGUGAAAUGCUCUUGGGUUUAUCUGCGUCUCAACUUCGUAACACUAUGAUUCAAGCUGGAAUUACUGAUCCAUUGGACUUCCCGUUAGCACUUGAUCAGUUGUUGAAGUUGGAAAUGGCUAUGAAGGUUAAGUGGCAUCCACGCUGGAAGAACUGUUCUGUCAUUAUGAUUAUAAAAAAUGAUCCUACUAUCCAGCAACUUAAGGAAAAGUGGAGAACAGGUGAGGAACCUAUUCUAAUCAAAAUUGUGAUACCUGAGACUCUGGAGAUUAAAGAGAGUGUUGAUGAGGCUAAAAUAGAUGUCAAUGAAGACUGUGAAUUGGUUACGGACCUGGAAAUUACAUCUGAGCACAAGCCUGAUGCUGUCACACCUGCUGGUAAGAGGCAUUUUCCUGGUGCAUCAAGUGAAUCCACUGAUUUGGACGAAUUAUAUGAUGGAGAACUGUCAUCAAACAAGCUGAGGAAGAUAAUUAAAAUGGAGAAGAUAAAUUAG